CUCUAAUGUUAUGUAAUCAUCAUUUAAACAUUCCUUAUGCAAUUAUCAAUAUUGAAUUCUUUUAUAGAAUUAGUCAAAGGGGUUUUAAUCAUAUAAACGAUUGGAAUUAUUAUUUGAUUACAUAAUAUUCAAACAUUUAAAUCAGUUAUUAUUAUUAUUAUACAACAUUUAAUCGAUACAUAUGAUCAUUUAGCAACAAAAACAACAACAAAAGAAGAGAAUGCAAUGGUACAAUAUUGUGCAUAGCAACAGUUAUGUAAUAUUUAACUAACUAUAACAAUGUUACUAUGUAUAUUCUAUAUUUUCAAUAGUCAGAUAAUAAAUUAAUACCAGGAAAACCUAUUUCGUAAAACAUAAAUGCAUUUAGAAUAUUUUACAAUCGAAUGGAUUCUAUCAAAUAUAAUCUGGUUUAUUAUUAUUAUUUUAAAUCAUUUACAAUUCUAUUAUCAUUAUUUUAUUCAUAUUCAAUUCAUUUCAUUUAUUAUUGCUAAUCAUUUAUUACAUAAUCAUGAUGAUCCAACUAUUAAAUCAAUUCAUGAUCCAAUCAUUCAUUUUAAUGAUAUCAAUAAUAAUCCAUUCAUAAUUCCUUAUUAUAAUUUAACUUAUACAAUUACAGAAAAUCAACCAAUUAAUUAUUUUAUUGGACAAAUUAAUAUUGAUUUAUUAAAAACAAUUAAAAUCAAUAAAUCAUCAAAAUUAUUUUCUAUUUUAUAUAAUUCAUCAAAUAAAAUCAAUAUAUUUUAUAAAUUACAAAAAUCAUCUGAUUAUAUUACAUUAAAUGAAACAACAAGUGUCUUAGUAACAAAAAAUUCAUUGAUUUAG